AUGACUGUCAACGGAUUGAUUGAAAAUAACUUUAUAUCCAACUUGCCCAUCAACAACCAACAACUCUGCAAGAUCCUUCUUGCCAAUAUCACAGUAUCUGGAUGGAAAUACGGAACCGAUUCAAACUGCUGUCAAUCAAUACUGUCAUUCAACACUACAAGGCUGACAUUAACAAGUUGUUUGACAUCUCAUUAUCUCCAAAGAAAAACGGAAUCCAGACCAGAUUCGCUUGGAAUGUCAGCAACAACUGACUGUUUGUUGCUACAUCAAGACUCGUCAGUACAGACCCACACAAUACAAUGUAAAAGUCAAAUGACUACAUUAAAACAGACAUUAUGGACAGAUUCUACAAAGGAAAUGGCUGUAUCAUCUGUCAUCAAUUCAGACACACUUGUCAGUCCUGUUCCGUAUACAAUGAGUCACAUAUGGACACAUAUGGACACCAAUGCAACAAUCAAGAAUCAAUUGUCAUUUACAAGUCUGAAUUGCCAACCAACAAUCGUACUAAUGGACCAACGGACCAAUGCCAAAACACCUGCACAUCGGACAAAUUACCUUGGACUGUCAGAAUUUUCGGAGCUUCGUGAUUUGUAUAAAUGUAGUAAAAAAGUUUUGAAAGCAUCACUUCAAAAUGGAAAACCGAAUCAAAGCCUGCCACAACUCUAUGAUAUUACCUAUGCCUUUCUACUGUCUCGUGUUCUGUUUCUCAAAUAUCUCAAGGAAAAAUAUCCUAACAUAACUCCAGCACAGUUUCUCAUUCACCAAUUGUUCAACUCAAGAGCCAUCAGACUAUGCUUUCUGAAACUGAAGCUAUUGUCUUUGGACAAGUUGAACGACAUACAUUGCAGCUAUAUUGACGAUGAUUUGCGCUGCCUCUUUUGUUUUGAUCAAGCUCAUGUGUUGGCCGAACAUCUUGGAAGCACGAUUAUCUCGUCAAUGGAGGGAAAUCACAUCCAACAAAACGGAGAUGUGAAUGAAGAUUCAAAAAGAGGAACACUCUCAGUCUUGCUGUAUGUUAUCAAAAAUAAGGAGUUUGCCAAAAAGGUUAUUUUUGCUGGAACAUCAUCAAAACUACGCAACAUUGACAACUUUAAAUCAUUUGGAACGAAACCUGUUGGUCCUCUUAUUCUCAAUGAAUUCAUAACUUGGGACUGUGAAAUGGUGUUGGACUAUGUGACUGCUUUUGUCGAUAUUCAUCCGGAUAUUCUCAAGACUGUUCUUACCGACAACUAUCGACCAAGAAUUUUGGAAAACUUUGUAUAUGACUUGUUCAGUGCUGGAAUCAAUGACAAUGACUCGGCAACGGCACAACGCAUACGACUGAAAAAACAGCAUGCCUUUUCGAAUAUCAAUGAUAUAGUAGAGGAAUCUUACAAUGCGGUAAUUGGUCGAUUCGCUCGACCAUCAGGGCUCAUUCACACACAGAUUAUGUUAAAGCUUAUUUUAUCAUCAAUGAUGACGACCAAUCAUGGACCAAUAUACUGCCAACUGGACAAGAAUCAAGAAUACUUUUUCAUGAAUACUGUUGGAUCUAUACAUCUCAUUUGUGAAACUGGCGGAUACUUUUUGUCUGAAGGAUAUGUGAUAGACUUGCUUCUCAAUUUAUUCCGAACAGAGUUUCAACAGUUCAAUCUGUUGUCAUCGUUGGAUCUUUUGAGCAGCAUUGCUGGCACAAAAGGUAAAAAAACUACAGCCAAAGGAACACCAUUCGAAGCCGUCAUUUUGGCUGGUAUGAUCCAAAAAAAUGGACCGCAUCUUUCAAAUGUCCUAUCUAGUUUUGGUGUUUCGAUUGCUGGUCUUGAUGGUUUACAGUUGCCAACAAUAGAGCGUAAGGCUGGAGAUGGCACAAUCAUAUCCGAUAGACCAACAGGAGUCUUUUUUCGUCCUUCAAACCAGUUUCGACCAGACAUCCUUGCGUUUUUAUCCAAACAAGUCUGCGUGUCAUUUGGAAUCAAGCUAUAUACAUCAAAAAUUCCUUCAGCAGUGUCUGCCGAUAAUCUUGAAUCUACAAAUCCAGACUUUUUCUUUAUUAAAGCAGAUCGGCCAACGAAUAACGAAACGUAUUUGAAAUGGCAGCAGAGUAUAUCUGAUACCCCGUUAAAGUUUUCAAUAAGGUUCUUGAUUGAGCUGCCUGAACCACUCAGUGCUGUUUCAACUGAAAAUACUUAUAACAGCGUCGAGGGAAACCAAAAUAUCGUUGUUGUCGUUUCAAAGAGCAAUAUGCGCAAUAUUUUAAGCGAGCAGAUUGCGUCGUUUGUUGAAUUCAUUACCAGUUCCUGA